AUGGAUACGAGUGGCGUCCCCAACGCCCCGAAUACGGGGACCUCACGUACUUUCAAGUUUGAUCUCGAUGACACUUGUUGCUUGAAAUCAAAUCCAUCUUUAACAGGUAUUGUUGUAGUAUGGCUCCCGUUGAUAGCAUUAGUGAAUCUCGCUUCGCUAACAUACACGGCUAGAGAACAUAUCUUGAUACUGACAUGGCAAUCCCAGGUGAAUCCAUCUGGGCCGCCAGAAGAUUACUUGGUGGUAUCCUAUACCUCGGUGCCACAAGACGUUCUGACCGAUUUCUUACAAACCGGUGUGCCGCGCAAAGGAUAUGUUUUUGUUGAGUUUGACUGGUUUUCGCAAGGAUAUUCUCUCAUUCAUGAGGACGACCUUGAACUACUUGACAGGUACAUCGACUUCGGUAGUCAUGUCAAAAGGAAUUCGGACGACACAUUAUAUGGCACGGUCAUCAAUGCAUCUGCUACAUGCACCCUCGAGCCAAUUGCGUAUCGUAACUAUGACGACUCUUUAGGCGAAUAUGGCUCCGUCGAGUUCAACGAACGGCUCAUGCCUCGCAGCCGCACAAGACCCGAGGCCGGAUCCUCUCGUCCUCUGCCACUGCAUAAUGUACCUUUAUCUGAGCUCAUGCACCACCAGCAGUUCAGAGAAGAUGACUUGAUUAUUUAUCGCCAGAAACUGGGAGUCAUCCGGCAAGUUGAUCGUGAUGCUAUUCUGCGCGUUUCCAACGUGCCGGUCUCGCUUGUCGAUCCCAAUGCUCUGGAGGUUCCUUGCAUCUUCGAUGACAAAGAACUUAUAUGGAUGCCUACGGGCCAGCCGUGUAGAAUUGUCGAUGCCAAUUUACAAUACCUGGAGCAUGACUUCGUGAUUCCGGGUCAGUAUGUGUGUACGAAAUACAAAAAUAUGCGCGGGAUAAACGGGGGUGUAGUCCCAAAGGAAGAUAUCUGUUCUUUUGGCCAUGGCCAGGUCCUGUCCACGCCAGCUACGGAGUAUAAAGUUGAAUGGCUCUGUACGAAUGUGUUCGGCCUUGGAACACUUGAGAUCUCGGAUAAAAUAGAAACUCUCAGAGCACCUGUCUUGGAACGCGAUGCCGUGAAAUGCGAUUUUGGAAACCUCCCAACUGAGGGAACAGUAAAAUCUGAUGUUUGUCUUCACAUCGGUGAGAUGGUACGUUUUCGAGAUCCGAAAAGUGCUUUUCAGAAAUAUCUUUACCAACAUAUUCCUCUCGGAGAGACCUUUGGUUACGAUAUGAACAUCUUCCAAAUCACAUCAAAAAAGACGGCACUGACUGUCAAGUGGUCGGACGGGAGUGUCACAACCGAAGAUAUUAAGUCUCUUUGUGUGAGUACCGGAAUUGAUGAAAACAUUUGGCCUGGGAGUAUUGUCGUCCUAAAGGAUGGGAUUGAGAUCAUCGAUCUGCCCGCAUCAGAACGCAUACCUGCAUAUAUCAAACAGCUGCCUAAGCAUAGGAGACACGGGAGAUCAACAAUCCGAGCGAGAAUUGUGGGUAUCGUCCAGGCUGUUGACAUCCGGGAGCAAAUAGCUACCGUUCAGUGGUAUAAAGAUCCCGAUGUCGUACUUUUGCAUGGUGGGCAAAUCCUAGCCUACCCCUACUCCUCUCUGGGCGAGCUGAGUGAUACAGUCAGCCAAGUAUCUCUAUAUGAGCUUGACGUGUUUCCUUGUCUGGAGAGAUUACAUGGUGACAUCGUUCUUCUCGCCCCAGACACCAUCCAUGAAUCGGCUUUGAUGAAAGGAAAAUUAAAUACAUAUAAUGUCGCCGGUCCUUGCACCUAUAGCUACACGUCGUCGUUGUCACUUUCGCAGGUACAUGCAUACCUCGACGCUAUGAGUAUUUCGAUGUUGGACGCGGAAUGGUUCAAAAGUACGACUACAAUUGACACUACCCCUCUUCCUCCAAGACAUAGUUACCACUACCAGCGUAAGCUCAAUAAAAAGCCCACUGCAGAUUUCGUCGGACAGAUUAUUGCGAUUGAGACCAAUGGAGAUAUCACUGUUCGGUUGGCUGCUACGGGUGCUUGUCGCGACAUCCGCGUCCCAUUUGAAAAGAUUAUGAUGGUCAUUAACGUAGGAUUUUCCAGCUCAGCCGGGAUCCCAGCUCCAGGUGAUUUAUCGACCAUGUCAAUGAACACGACAUACGAGGAUGAAGAAGGGAGUUCAAUUGGCGACGAGGAUGAGUGGGAGACAGACGAGCCUGACGAAAUCCCAGACACUAAUACUGCAAAUGACUAUAUUGUUCCCGAAUCUACAGAGGCCGAUUGUUUCACGGAGGCAGACAUUGACACGGGGAAUGGUGACUCUCGCCUUGAAAUGAGAGAGAAUUCGGAUGAUGUAGCUGAGCAGAGCGAGGAAAUGACUUUACCUCCAGAGUUCCUCAUAUUGGAAGGCAUCCCUCCCUCCGAUCACCAUUUCAUCUCGAAACACGAGGCCAGGGGCUCGGUCUUACGCACCAGGUGUAUUCAGAAGGAACUUGACAUACUCAGUGAAUCUCUUCCUCCCGGAAUCUUUGUGCGAGCAUGGGAAUCAAGGAUGGACCUUCUCAGGGUUUUGUUCAUUGGGCCAGAGGGGACCCCGUACGAAUAUGCACCGAUUGUGCUAGACCUGCACUUGCCUGGGGACUUUCCUAAAAAGCCUCCCGAAGCAUUCUUUCACUCGUGGAUUAGUGGUCAAGGAAGGAUCAAUCCGAACCUCUAUGAAGAUGGUAAAAUCUGCCUGAGCAUUUUAGGGACAUGGCCCACUCAAAACCCGGAGGAAACAUGGUCAGCAACCAAGUCCACUGUUCUACAGGUCUUAGUCUCGAUUAUGGGGCUGGUCUUGGUGAAAGCCCCUUUCUAUAAUGAGGCCGGUUAUGAAGCCCUUGCCGCGGAGGGCGACCGGCAAGUCGAGUCAAACAAGUACACCGAAAGGACGUUCUUGACUACACGCAGAUAUAUCAAAUAUGCCCUCGAUCACCCAGUGAGCGGCAUGGAGGACAUUGUGACCUGGAAUUAUCUGCCCAGUCGCGUAAGGUCAAUUGAUUGCGACAGGCCCCUACUGCUCCGUCGCGCUAUCGAUGCGGCAUUGGCGAUGAUAGAUCAUCACGAUAAUUCUAGCACUGGAGAGGAGCGCAGGGCCUCAGCCUUUGUCUCGCGUCUUAGCCUUGGGGCCGUGGUUAUGCUACGAAAGUAUAUCACGGAGCUUGAGGUUUUGGAAGUAGCCGCGACUGUCUAA